UCACAAAUUUCCAUACUUAAUGAUGGGUAGCUGAAAUCUACCUUAUUUAUUUCAUUUACUAGUUUGCUUUUGGUAAUAAGUUGAGUACCUAUAAAAAGGUAUUGUAGAUAAUAUUUUUCUGAUUUUUGGUGAUUUUCAUAGAUGCUUAAUACAGUGGUUCUCUUUUCUUAGACAUCGAGCAUCGUUUGAAAAAUGUACAAAGGUUUGUGCUUAUUUUUACUAUUAACGCUUAUUGCCGGAAUAAACGGCGAUGUGGUAAAGUUGAAAACUGGAUCGAUCAAUGGAACCACUGCGCAAUGGAAGAAUGGACGUUUGUAUCAGCAGUUUUAUGGCAUACCUUUUGCAGAACCACCUGUUGGAGAGCUUCGAUUUAAGGCUCCAGUUCCUGCUAAACCAUGGUCCGGCAUUCGGAAUGCAUCAGAACCUCCGCCAAAAUGCGUCCAGCCUCUGAUUGUUUCUGCUGAUGAAACUGAGGUCAUCGGGCAAGAAGAUUGCCUUUAUUUGAACGUUUUUGUGCCAAAUAACUUAUUCCCAACUGGUAAAGCUCCAGUGAUGGUUGCAAUUCAUGGUGGAGCAUAUAGAUAUGGUGAUGGAGCUGGUUACCAUCCAGGUUACUUCAUGGAUUCCGACAUGAUUUUAGUCACGAUGAAUUAUAGAAUGGGAAUUUUAGGAUUUUUUGGACUGAAUAACGAUCAAAUAAGCGGUAAUUUUGGCAUGAAAGAUCAAUCUCUAGCAUUACGUUGGGUUAAAGAAAACAUAGAAAAAUUCGGUGGUGAUCCAAAUCAAGUAACGUUGAUGGGAGAAAGUACAGGAGCUGCUUGUGUGCAUCUUCAUAUGUUUUCUCCUCUUAGCAAAGGCCUGUUCCAAAGAGCUAUUAUGCAAAGUGGAAGUGCAUUCUCUGUUUGGUCUCAUCACGGUGCAGGAUAUGGUGAAGCAAUGUCUAGAGCUUUAUUGAUUGUCAGCGGAUGUCAACGUGAAGAUGCGAGGAAAAUUUUGAAAUGCUUGCAACGUAUACCAGCAAACAAAUUCAAUGACUUGGAAAACAAACUACACGUUGCGUUCGACGAACCUAGAAUCUUAUUCAAACCUAUGAUCGAAUCACAUGUCAAGAACGCCCCAUUUUUAACGAAAAAACCAACCAAAUCGUCGUAUCUAACCAAUGUACCAUGGAUCACGGGUGUAAAUUCGGGCGAAGGUGGAAUGAAAAUUAUAAAAUACUUGAGAAAUAACGAUUCGUUGGCAAAGAUUGUGAACAAAGAAAAAAACAGUUUCUUACCACUGAUAAAUGAAUACAUAUACUCAGCAGAUCCCGAAGAUAUUGACAAUAUGACUCAGAAAAUCUCUGACUUUUAUUUUGGUAACAAGGAUAUAGGAUCUGAAACAGCGUUGAAGUUUGUCGAUAUGAUCACAGAUUCUACAUUCUUGGUUCCUGCUGUGAAAGCUGUACAGUUGACUCGUCAGAAUUUACAAUAUGUUUAUUUCUUCAAUCAUUAUAGAAGGUCGUAUACAUUGCCACGUCUUGCCGGUUUGACCAUGGAUCUUGGAGUUUGUCAUGCGGAUGAGCUACCUUAUUUAUUCCCCAAUGAUUAUUCCGAGAGCAACAUGACACCCCAAGAUGAACAAAUAUCGAAGACUUUAUUGAAAUUUUGGAGUAAUUUCAUUAUCACUGGCGAUCCGAAUGGAGAUGCUAAAACGAAAACAUGGAAAGCUGUGGAAACGAACGAUAUUGAAUAUUUGCAUAUCAAAACCGAAUCAUUAACUAUGGAGAAAAAAUUACUCAAAGAUAGAUUCGAUUUCUGGAAUGCUUUGCCCACAGGUUGGAAAUAUGACUGACAAUGAGAUAUGAUUACCUACCUAUACCAACAGAUGAUACUUUUUUCAGGGAAUUUAUAUCUACCUAAGUACUUCUAUUUUACAUUUUUUUUGUUCCCAAAAUGUCUACUUAUGUAUUAUCCAAUUGUAAUUUUAUGUAAUUUUUUAUUUUCAAUUCUAUAAGACAAUAAAAUAUGAUGAACUUCUUACAAUUA